AGGUCUCAGCAUCAGCUUCAUCUGCUCAUGAGUGAAGGCAACGGGCCAACCGAGGGGCAGGACAAGGUGCAGAGUUCGGCUCCUCCGAAUGCCGUGUGGCCGCUGAGAGACAAGGAGGGGAAUGUGACAGUGCCGUUCGCCUAUGGCACCAUCGCCUUCUGGCAAGGCAAGCGAGCCCAAGAGUAUCAGACGCACAAAUGGCAUGUCUAUGUCCGCGGAGCGAACAACGAGGACCUGACGCCGCUCAUUGAGCGUGUGAUCUUUCAGCUGCAUCCCUCCUUCAACAACCCCACCCGAGUUAUCGACACAGCCCCGUUUCACGUCUGCGAGCUGGGAUGGGGAGAGUUUGAGAUCACGAUUCGCAUCUUCUUUCAUGAUGGGCCCGAGCAAGGGCUGGAGAUCAAGCACAUGCUCAAGCUCUUCCCCCGCGUCGGAGAGCCCUCGCAGAAGAAGCCGGUCGUCUCCGAGCGACACGAUGAGUUCGUCUUCAACGCUCCCAAUGAGGGUCUCCUUCAGAGGAUCGGCAUGUGCAACACCCGCAUGCCCAACGGAGGGCCCGCGUGGGCCACCAUCGAGCCGUUCUUCUCGCCUCUAAACGAGCAUGAGGAGCUGCUGAGGAUUCAAGCGGCACAACGACGAGUGCAGGCGGAAAUUACUUUGGUGAAGGAGGAGCUUGAAAACGAGGAGCAGAUCUUGUCCUUCUUGCAGGACGAAGUGAAGAAACUUGAGCCUUCCAUCGUCAAGAAGCCGCCAGGAACAUGA